CCUCGCCUCGCGCCACUCAGAGAGGGUCCAGAUAGCAGUCUGACUUGCGAGUCUAAAAAAAUAUUUGCGAACGAAGGAAGACCGCUCCCACGAAAGGAACUGGAAUACACAACUAGGAAGGGAAGGUCGGUUCGCACUCCGAGCUCUCCUAGAGCUGAGCGGCAACUCGCGGACCCGAAGUUUGGUUUCCUCGUGAUGGGGACGCGCUAAAGCUGCCGGCGUGGGGAACUUUCCGCGGCUGCUCUCUCCUGCGGGCGCGGCUGCCCGAGAGGAAGAAUCAUUGCAUUUCUGGCACGUGUCGGGACUACUGCGGGCCUGCAUCCGUUUUUGGGAUAGUAUAAUCUCCUCUGCCCAUCCUUGCGCAGUUGUGUGCGGGUCUAGAGCGGGUGCGUUGCCCAGGAAAGGAUACCUCUGGCUGACUUGUGGCACAUAAUGGAGGGGAAAUGAGAGCGCAUUUCUAACUGGAAGAACACGGGCACACACCGCACCAACAGAAUGCGGGAGCGGGACCUCCAGACUUCGUGCACGUGGGCCCUACUGCUGACCCUCUGCCUGCUGUCGCUAUGGGGACGACUCACACUGGCUUCCUCACACAGGACACACAUCGUGCAUGUGAAAGCUGGGACAUGUGAGGUGAUUGCCGCCCACCGCUGCUGUAACAAGAACAAGAUCGAGGAGCGAUCGCAGACCGUCAAGUGCUCCUGUUUCCCUGGGCAGGUCGCCGGGACGACGAGAGCCGCGCCCUCAUGCGUGGACGCGUCCAUCGUGGCCCAGAAGUGGUGGUGUCAGAUGCAGCCAUGUGUGGACGGUGAGGAGUGUAAGGUCUUGCCCGAUCUCACCGGCUGGAGCUGCAGCACUGGCAACAAGGUCAAAACCACCAAGGUGACCCGAUAGUCCACUGGCAGCCCCGACCCCCGCCCCCACGCCACGCCUCCCAGAGCAUUCACCAGAAACACUGGAACCAGACCAUACCUGAGCAGGACCAUACCUGGACAACCGGACCACUGGGCUACACCUGGACUACAGGACUACACCUGAACAACAGGACUACACCUGGACUACAGGACUACACCUGGACAACAGGACUACACCUGGACUACAGGACUACACCUGGUCAACAGGACCUAAACAGGCGACAGGACUAGGAGGGCAAACCCGUUCCUGUGCUACACGAGGGCUCGUGGGUUGCAUGUGGCCAGCAGGGCUGACCAUGAUAUCAAGGGAAACAUAACAGAGAGGAUUACGGCUAGUCCAGAGGUCUGAAAUCUACCUGGACACUAGGACCUGCCUGGGCUUUGCAUUAUAACACUGGAACUUGAAGGGUCAGCUGAUGCGAUGAGGCUGGGCAGCAGGACCACCCCUGGUGUGGGGGUCAGACCCUGGAGCUCAGGACUGGACUCAGACCCUGGAGACUCCCUGGAGGACUUAGAGCCCUGAACCAGAACCCAAUUUAGCCACUCGGAGCCCCACCGGCUGCUGGCUCUAUCUCUCUGUCCACCUCUGAGACCGGCUAUCUCUGGAUCAGAGUCAGUCGGACGGACUGCAGAGUGCGGUCCAGAAGCAGCUGGGUAUUGGUGGGUGGCUACGUAUCUUAGGAGAUGGAGACAGGGAUGAGAGAUGUUAGUAGCCUGUGGCCACACACACACACACACACACACACACACACACACACACACACACACACCACCAAACA